AUGGUGAAGAGUGGGGUAGCAAGGGCUUAUGGGGAAUGGGAGUUGGCGAUUGACAUAUGGAUUGUAGCCAUUGAUGAUUUGAAAACAGCAAGAGGAUUGCAGAGAGAUAACAGAAGCUCAGAGGCCGCUGCUGCUGAGGAGGAAAAAAUCAAAUUGGAGGAGGUUAGAGAGGAUAUGGCAAAGACUCUAGCGGGUAAGAAAAGAGAAAGGGAGGAAAGGAGUGAGGGAAAUGGCAGUAAAAGACAUUUGACGGAAAAAAUGCUCGAGAAGUUUAAGAGAAGUGAUACGGAAAUGAUGGCAUACCUGGCUAGGAACGAUACGAGGAGACUUGACAGAUGGGAAUCAAUACUAUCACCGGUUUUAAGUAGCUUUUCUACGAGCAGCAAUGCAAAUCAGAAUAUUUCACAGCGUCUUGACUUAUUAGAGGAGGAGAAUAAAUCAAGAGACGCAAGACUAUCAGAGAAUUCUAGGGACUUAAAGGAAUUAUUGGAAUUGGUUAAGGCGAUGCGCAAUAACAAUUGA